AUUGACGUUUGACAUAAGCAUUAGUGUAAGAUCAAAUCUAAAUCCUGUGAAUUCCGUAAAGAUAUUUUGUAUUUUUUAAAGCAUUUAUCAUGCCAGUUCCCGGAGGCCUUUAUCAAAAUCAAGGACCUACUUGUUUUGAUAAAAUGAAAAUGGGUUUUAUGAUAGGAUUUUGUGUAGGCAUGGCAAGUGGAGGUUUAUUCGGCGGAUUUACCGCUUUAAGAUAUGGCGCUAGAGGCCGUGAACUAGUUCAUUCUGUUGGCAAAGUAAUGCUUCAGGGCGGUGGAACUUUUGGUACAUUUAUGGCAAUCGGAACAGGAAUUCGCUGUUGAUAUAUUAUAAAUUCAAAUUGUAAAUACUAUUACUUUAAAAUGUAGUGACCUAUUGGUUUAAUUAUAAAUAAAGUUUCUUUUUAGGAU